AUGCAAUCAGAUAAACAAAAGCUUCGAGAAAUCCAAGUUCUUCUUCACAGGCACUCCGGAUCGUCUAACAAGGAUAUAAGGCGCAUUCUGGCCGAGAUGAAUGCAUGUCCAACGCCACAGUCGGUAUUAGGCAUAUUUGACCGUUUGUUUGGUCUGGCAAAGUAUAGCAACAAAGAGAUGUUGUGGUUUCUGGAUGUGUUUCUACGAUUCACCACAAUAAAUGGUGCAGACCUGAAAGUCCUUGGAAGUAGGAUAGUCGACCUCAAGUUUGCACCAUCGGAAAAGGACACCGAUUCAGUGAUUCUGAAGUACUUUGAGGUUGCAAAUGCAAUAAGGAACUUUCUUUCGUUUGAAGAGUCAAAAUGCAUACUUAGCAGGUACAUGUUUAUUCUUGGGGAUGAUGUUGUUAGCAGAGGCGCAAUACUGUGCAUUCUGCAGAUGCUAAGAGUGUUUCUUGGGGCUGGGCAGAUGCACACAUUGUUUGUGAAUAGGAAGAUGUACAAGAACAUUGACUGGAUGAAGGGAGGAACGGGCGAUUUCUGCAAAGUUCUUGGGGACGAGGAGGUUGUUGACAUUGCACUGGAGCAUGAAUCCUUCAGAACGAUUGGAAUCGAUGUUACAAGAAGCAGAUAUCUAUUUCAAGUGUUUUAUGCAUUGAUGCCUAAGUGGUACCUGGUGGGAAUGCAUCGAUCAUUGAUUCCGUAUCUCUAUUAUGCAUUUGACAGGGUGGGCAUAUACAAGAAUGUUUGUGAAGAGAUUUGCAGCAGGCUGCCGAUUGAUGAGAUGGUCCAAAUGAUCGAUGCAGACAUAGAAACAGGUGACGAAGAAAACGAGUGUGAGGUGUUAUGGCAUGACGAGCAUGAACGAUUGGAAGCAUAUGCGGAGCAGAAAGUAAUAAGCAUGGAAGAGGACAUAAAAAGGUUCAAUGACAGUGGAGACAUGCAGCACAUGUUUGAGAAGUAUGGAAAGGCAGUGAGCUUUGAGAUGCUGAGGUACUUUGCAGAAACGGAUUUGAAGAAGCUGGGCCACUAUGUGUGCAAGCUGAAGAACCAGGCGGAUCUGAAGAUAUUUACAGACACGUUUGAUUUCCAUGACAUGGAGGUUCUUGAAGGUCUGAGGAUGUACUUGCUUUCGUUUUAUUUGUUGGGAGAAGGACAGAUAAUACACAGGGUUGUAGAGGCAUAUGCAGAAAGGUAUUAUGCAGACAAUGCAGGGAGAUGCACAUUUAUGAGGAUGGAUGCAGACGAGAAAACAAAGGAGUUUGUGUUUAACCUGUCAUUUUCAUUUCUUGCAUUGAACACGAAGUUCCACAAUCCGAAUGUGAAGCUAAAGCCAACAUUCAAGAAUUAUAUAAGCGACUUCAGUGCUGAAGAGAUUCCUGAAGGGUUUAGCGAGGAGUAUCUUGAGACAAUGUAUGGAUCCAUCAAGAGGCGCCCUCUUGAGUUUGCAGUGAAGAACCAGAUGAGCAAGGAGCACUACAAGAUGUACAAGAGAAUGUGUGGAAAGCUGGUGGAGGAGAACGCAGCAGAACGGAAACUAGCACUUGAUGUAUAUUUGCCUGAUGGAAUGAAGAUUUGUGCAAGAUGUAAGAGAGAAGCACAUAGAAGAAUGCUUUCUAAGAGUUUUAAGCGGUUUUUUUCCAUGGAAGCAAAGCAGUUUUGCCUGAUAUGCAGCAAGCUAGGGAUGAUUUGCGUGUUUGAAGAGUACAUGAUGCAUUUAGUGAGGAGCAAAGAAGACCUACAGUCCUUUGCAGAUUCAUUUGUAUGCUACCUGGAUAUGAGGGGAUCGAGUGUCGAUAUGUAUGUGCUAGUGCUUGAAGUUUUUGCAAGGAUUGAGAGACAGAAGGGACACAAUGUGUUUUCGGACCUUGGGAUUUCGUUUCUGAAGGGAAAUGCAGGAAAGGAGCGAGGAGUAAGUGGAAGUGGAAGUAAUGAGAUGUGGAAGCAGAUGGUGGAAGCAGAGGAGUGGGACUUGAAUGUGCUGUGUGAUGCACUGAAGGUGUUUGCGGACAGUGGAGAGCGAGGGAUGCAUGGGGAAGAUAAACAAGGGAUUGGCAGUAGAAAGCAGAGUGAAAUGAGGCUUGCAAGGGAGUUUGUAGUUGAGGUGCUGGGAAGAAGCAGUAAAGAAGGAGGGGACUUAUCAAUGCUAGAUGAGGAGAAUGUGGUUUGCUUGAUGAAGAAGUGUGUGGAAGGGAAUGAGAAGGAGAAGUUUUGUAGGAUUGCGAGGUAUGUGUGCCAUGAAAGUCUUUUGAGGUUGUACAAGGAUAUUCUGGAGAAGGAGCCUGGUUUUGUAAGUGAAAGGGUUUUUGAGAUGUUCAAAGAGAUUCCUGUGUAUAACGAGGACGGAUUCUGUUGUACAGUGCUUUUACAGAGCAACGGAGUGGAUAUGUUUGAUUUUGCUGUUGAGGUGAGAUGCGAGAGUGUAGUGUGCAGGGCAAUCAAUGCAGGGAGUGAGAAUAAGGAAGGGGGAUUGGGAAUGAAUGAGCAAUCAUGUGAAGAUAUGCUGAUUUGUUACAAUGUUGAAGAGAGAUAUGUAAAGAGCCUGAGCAGUGCAUCGAACUUAUUUAGUUUUUAUGGGACGUCGAAUUCUGUGAUGAAUCAGUCGAAGGCUCGGAUGAUACACAAGUCAGGAUGUCCUCUUGAGGAAAGAAUGUUUGAUGCGGAGGAGAUGGAUAAGAGGUUGAUAUACAUGAUAAAGAAAGCGGACAUGAUGGGAAACAGGGACGUGACGAAUUACACGCUUUGGAUAGUGAAUUUGCUGUCGUCGAGUCUUCCACUGUUUGCAAGAUUUUUUGUGCGAAGCUUUGGGAUUCUUCUUACGCUUCGGGAUCAGACGAUGACGAAUGGGUUUAUCAAGAUAUUCUGCUCGAGGGUGAGUAAAGCACUGGGUGGGUCUGGGAUGUGCUGUGAUUGCGGAUAUGCAUCGUUUGAAGAGGUGGAGCAGCUUAUAGAGAUGCUUGUGAAGUACGACUUUGCAAGCAACGACGACUUUUUGUUCUACUUCAACAAGAAGAAUGCAAAUGGGACGGACUGCUUGAUUGUAGCAGGUAGCGAAAGUGGAAGUAAGGAAGGAAAGAAUGGAAGCACUGUGAUGGAUGGAAAUGGGCCGGAAAGCAAUCUGAGUGUUGAGAGCGUGAAAGCAGCAGAUGAAAGGGCUCAGAUAGAUGCGGAUGAUAGGUCUGGAGUUGAGCUGUAA